UACCACUGCGGUGAGAUCGGCUUCAUUCGGUGCAAGACCCGUUCGAACAGCCUUUACAGCAGGUUGUUGGAACGGACCUUACACUGACUGAAUCCGGUUUCGGUCCCGCUCCUAAUUGCGUUAUUACAACUGGAAUCCUAACUCCCUUGAAUCUUCUCCAUGCUUCGUUAAAUCGCUUCCUCGAUUUCCAUGGCACUUCACAACCUUGCUUUGAUCAUCAAAAGCUCUUCGAACGAUGAUGAAUUUCUUCUUGCCCGACAGACUCGGCCGCCGAAAUUUGGGGAUGAAGAGUAUGAUUCUUACACUGAUUCCGAUCUUUGGGACUUGCCUUUCGCUCCACUCAAGCCUAUGGAAGGAGAAUCUAAUACUGGAGUUAUCAUUGAAGGGGCCGAAUCUUGUUCCGAGAAGCUGAAUUUUAGGACAUUCGGUGUCGAUUCGGCCAUUGACCAGAUUCUAUCCAAUGUGGGUUUCCGAAGACCAAUUGAUGGACAUUGGACGUUCUGGAAGUAUUUUGAAGAGGCUGAAUUUGGCCCAGGGCCUCCUACUAACACAGUUUUCAUCCUUGGGAAGUCAAGUUCUGAAGAUAAAAGUUCACAAGAAUUGUUCAACUGGAUGUCUAUCCAAAGUUGUGUAAAUUUGCUUGUGCAUGUGAAGCCAAGUAAUGAUCGAAUUGGACCAUUGGUAGUUGCUGGACUUCUAACCGAUUCAGAUCAAUCUAGAAAGUGGAAAGUGCCAGCCACCUUGCUCACCCAGGAGUACCCUCCAGGUGUCAAAAUUAUACCUAUGGGAAGUAGAACAGCAAAGCCUUUUCACACAACCAACUUGGUUGUAAUUGCUCCUAAUAAUGUUAGUGAUGGUAGUGGAAAAACAAGUUUUGCUGCUUAUGGAGAUGCACUGAUAAUGGACCCGGGAUGUCAGUCUGAAUUCUAUGCAGAGCUCAGGGAAACUAUUACUGCUUUGCCAAGAAAGCUAGUAGUCUUUGUUACUCAUCACCAUCGUGAUCAUGUUGAAGGUCUUUCAAUUAUCCAAGAAUGCAAUCCUGAUGCUAUUCUCCUGGCGCAUGAAAAUACUAUGCAUCGCAUUAAAGAUGAUUGGUCUCUUGGUUAUACCCCAAUUUCAGGAGGGGAAGUGCUUUGUAUUGGUGGUGAAAGAUUGAAAGUCAUUUUUGCUCCGGGACAUACAGAUGGUCACAUGGCUCUACUUCAUGUCAGUACUCAUUCACUAAUACUAGGGGAUCAUUGUGUAGGGCAAGGAAGUGCUGUUCUAGACUUCACUUCUGGUGGAAACAUGAAGGACUACUUCCAAACAACCUAUAAUUUCCUGGAUCUUUCACCACAUGCUUUGAUCCCCAUGCAUGGGAGAGUCAACGUAUGGCCAAAAUACAUGCUUUGUGGAUAUCUCAAAAAUCGCCGAAAUAGGGAAUCAUCCAUCUUGAAAGCCAUAGAAAGUGGAGCAGAGACAUUAUUUGACAUAGUGGCAGAAACAUAUUCUGAUGUCAACCCCCGUGUUUGGUUUGCUGCUUCAUCAAAUGUGAGGCUUCAUGUGGAUCAUCUGGCCAGUCAAGAUAAGCUACCGAAGGAGUUUUCCUUAGAAAAGUUCAAUUGCAGCUGCGUUGCAUUUGCUGCCAAGGUGAAUAGUCUGGUGACCAAAUGAGAAAAGCUGCUCUACUUCCAACCCACCACAUUCUAUGUAGGAUUUCUCUGUCCAAAAGUUUCAGACUACUUGUGGUCUACAUUUUCUAUUUCGGUGGAUAUGGGUGUACCUAAACAAUAAUGUUUUAUUUAAGAAUCAGAAGCCAUGGGUAGUUCAACUUCUCACAACCAUCAUAGUGGCUGCAUUUAGUGUGUUCUAUGCUGUUAAAUACAAGCUUAGUUCUAGCUAAUGGAAACACUUCAGAAAAUCAUAAUGAAUGUAAUUUCGUAA